CUGGCGCUUACAGACGUUAGUUUUGUAAGCAUAAAAAUGGCGGGUGCGAAUCAACAUACACAAGUUCCUCGGCAAAAUCAUACCAGAGAUCAAAUGACUGCACUAGCCGAAGUAGAAAAUCAGAUAUUAACUGCUAUGCAAUCGGCAGCAACAUCGUUGGCUGAAAUGGGCAAGGAUAAAAUAGGAAUGAAAGCAGCGGAGACCAAUGCAAACACUUUCCUUAAAGAGGUAGAAGAUAUUGAGAAUAAACUCACAAAACAGAUAUCACAAUUGACACAAUACGCUGGUGGAAGUGGUACUGAAGUCAGUCCAUAUGGCCAGAAAAAGGAUUUUAAUAUGGCAAUGCAUAGAAACAGACAUGCCGAAACAAUCCUUGAACGAUUGCAAGAGCUCAAAAAUGCAAGGGAAAAUCCGAACGUUCAAGAAAACGCUGCCUCAUGA